AUGUCGAUACGAGAUAGCAUACAGAGCAUAAGUUCGAGAAGGAUGCAGAAACACGACGACGAGAUAAAUUACGACGUGAUGACCAUGGAAGAGAUGCAACAAAUGCAGGACAACCUUUUGCAGAAGAUCUGGAUGCUGUCGUUGGAGAACGACGUGUACGAGCGUUACUUGAACCGACAGGAUCCUCAGAUCAUCAGAACUAUAACAAACAUUCUGGAGAGAGCAAAGAUUACAAGGAGAGUCACAGGACAUUUGGUACCUAGAUCAUCGCGUAUGAGCUUCCGCGAGAGUAUUGCGAAUCUUCGCGGUGGAAGCAAACAUAGCAUUGCUACCGCAUCUAGCGCAGGCAGCCUUCAUUCUCUUAGUCGAUUUGGAACACCGAGUCUCCUGACAGUUGGAACUUACGGGGAAGCUACAAAAAUCACAAUGGCGCACCGUAUGGCGAUGGCCAAGAAAGAGCUAGAGCAGCUGAAGAAGAAACUGGACCACUUGAAACAGUUCGCCAGGAAGAGGGAAGAGAUCAUGAGGGCAGAGAUUGAGGAAAUCGAAAUUCGGAUCAACGAGGCUCACGAGACGAAGGAGGAAUUCGAGGAGGAAGUGGUUGUCAAAGGCGUGGACCCUAUCACAGGCAAGAUUCCCGCCGAACGUGUCACCAGAUUCUUCGAGGACUGGCUGAGAUCGGCGAACACGAUAAUAGAGAGGCUUAGAUUGAAGAGCGCUACAGCGAGGACGCAGAUCAGAAAGGCUCGAAGGCAGCUUGCACAGAGGGAGGAGUUAGGCGAGUCUCUUCACGCUGUCGAUUUCGAGAAACUGAACAUCGAGAAUCAGGAUUACGUAAAGAUGCUCGAGGAGAAGAGUGUUUACGUGAUCGACAUGAAGAAGAUCGCAGGGCAUUACCAUUUGAAAUUGACGCAACACAAGCAGAAGCUGAACGAUCUGUUGUUCACGUUGAACGCCGUGAAGAGGGAAAUUUUGUUGAAACAGAAGCAGAUCGAGGAAUUGGAGGACGAGCACGUCGCUGUCAAUCUGAACAGAAAACGGAUGAGCAAGCAGUUGGAAACUUUAUUGAAUUUCAUGGACAAUUACAUAGCACCGGAUAUUCAAGAUUUCGUGGAAUUGCAAGAACAAUACGCGGCAUUGCAGAGAACGUAUAAAUUGUUGCAGAGACGAAGGAAUAUCGAGAAAAUAAUAUACGAGGCGUACAGAAAGCAGAUUCAGAUUAGAAAGAAAUCGAGUGAUCAUCCUAAACGAAGACAGUUAGUUAUAUGUAGAAUAAUCUUGAAUUACUCGAGUUCAGUUUAUUGA